UUAUCGCCGCGGCUUCCGUAGUUUUUUUCAGAGUUUUGAAAUAAACAAAGCUCUCUUAAAACUAAAUUAUUUUGUUUAAAAUGAAAAAUAAAGUCAUUUGAAAUUUUAAAGCAGAGUUCAAACUCUAUCAAUAAGUUUUCAUAGAAGGAGCGCUUCUUUUCUUUUCUAUUUAUAAAUUAUUGACUCUGUAAUAGAUGUAAAGACUUCACAGCAAAUUUUGUCAGAUUGUUGGUCUCCAUAAUGUCAUCCACCCCUACUAUGGAAGAUCGUCGUCAUUGCAGCCCUAUGGAUGGGGAAGCCAGCAUGAAUGGUAGCUAUGAUCCCGAGAAGCAAGGCAACAUUAGUGGAGGGAGUGAUGAUCAAGGUAGGAGAACUACUCGCAGGAAGCGUGCAAAGUUAGAACAUCGGGAUGGAGAUACUAAAUCUUUUACAGUUUCCGAAGAAGAAAAUGCUUCUGAUAUUGAUGAUAAAAGCAAAGUGGAAAAACCUAUUUUACCUCCUAAUUCUAAUGAAGACAUUGAAGAAAUGGAUAGUGAACAUGAUGAUCCAACUGGUCUCGAAGGGGCUGCAUUUCAAAGCCGACUACCUUUUGAUAAAAUGACUGCCCAGGAGGCUAUGUGUUUCCCUGAUAUUGCACAAGGUCAACCAGCAAGUAGCAAAGUAUUUUUAUAUAUAAGAAAUCGUAUACUACAGCUUUGGCUUGAAAACCCUAAGCAACAACUUCUUCUGGAGAAUAUUAUGGCACAAAUUGAACCUCCUUAUAACAGUGAUACUUCUUUAGUUAUGCGGGUUCAUGCCUUUUUGGAUCGCCAUGGCUUUAUUAAUUUUGGGGUAUUUAAAAGAUUAAAAAUGCUACCAAUCAAAAAAGUUGGUAAAGUUAUUAUUAUAGGGGCUGGCAUCUCUGGACUAGCUGCUGCUCAGCAGUUACAGCAAUUUGGAAUGGAUGUUGUCCUUUUAGAAGCUAGAGACCGUGUUGGUGGACGAGUUGCUACUUUUCGAAAAGGCAAUUUUAUAGCUGAUUUGGGAGCUAUGGUAGUUACAGGUUUAGGAGGUAAUCCUAUAACUGUAUUAAGCAAACAAAUUCAUAUGGAGUUGUUAAAAAUACGCCAAAAAUGUCCUUUGUAUGAAUCUAAUGGAAAUACUGUUCCUAAAGAUAAAGAUGAGAUGGUUGAGAGAGAGUUCAACAGGCUUUUGGAAGCUACUUCAUAUUUGUCUCAUCAAUUAGAUUUUAAUUAUGUUCAAAGCAAACCAGUUUCUUUGGGGCAGGCUCUUGAAUGGGUAAUAAAACUUCAAGAGAAACAUGUGAAAGAAAAACAGAUACAACAUUGGAAAGCUAUUUUAGAACUACAAGAAAAAUUGAAAACCAAUUUAAAUAAAAUGCUUCAUAUAAAAGAACAAAUAGAAGAAAUGCGCAAACAUCACCAGGAACUUUCUGAAUCGAAACAGCAAAAAGAUGUUACCUUAGAGUUUGUGUUGCGUAGUAAAAUGAGGGAUAUAGGUGCAGCUUGCAAAGAAUGGGAUCAAUAUUUAGAGCAACAGAAGGAGAUUGAAGAAAAGUUACAAGAAUUAGAAGCCUCUCCACCAAGCGAUGUAUAUUUAUCAUCAAGAGAUCGACAAGUUCUCGACUGGCAUUUUGCUAAUUUAGAAUUUGCCAAUGCUACUCCACUUAACAAUUUGUCUUUAAGACAUUGGGAUCAAGAUGAUGAUUUUGAAUUUACUGGAAGUCACAUGACUGUCCGUAACGGCUAUUCUUGUGUACCAGUAGCUUUAGCUGAUGGAUUAGACAUAAAACUCAAUACCGCCGUAAAAAGUAUUCGAUACAAUGCGCACGGAGUUGAAGUUUUAGCUGUAAAUACCAGAGCUAAUUCAGGUAUGGUUAGUUACAAAGGAGAUGCUGUAUUAUGUACAUUACCAUUGGGUGUUUUAAAACAUUCAAUUCAAUCUAAUGGUCAGUCUGGUAAUGCAGUUCAGUUUGUACCUCCAAUUCCAGAUUGGAAAGCUUCUGCAAUUCAAAGGCUUGGUUUUGGUAACCUAAACAAAGUUGUUUUAUGUUUUGAUAGAGUAUUUUGGGACAUUAAUGCAAAUCUUUUCGGUCAUGUUGGGAGUACUACUUCUAGUCGAGGUGAAUUAUUCUUAUUUUGGAAUUUGUAUAAGGCGCCAGUUUUGCUAGCCUUAGUUGCUGGAGAAGCAGCUGCUGUUAUGGAAAAUGUUACAGAUGAUGUAGUUGUUGGUCGUUGUAUUGCCGUUCUGAAGGGAAUCUUUGGAAAUUGUACCGUUCCUCAACCUAAGGAAACAGUUGUAACUCGAUGGCGAGCAGAUCCAUGGUCCAGAGGAUCUUAUUCUUAUGUUGCUACUGGAUCAACUGGGAAUGAUUAUGACAUCCUUGCAACUCCUGUAUCCGGUCCAGCUGGAAUGCAACCUGGUCAGCCAGCAGGAAUUCCAAGAUUGUUCUUUGCUGGUGAACAUACUAUUCGUAACUACCCGGCCACUGUUCAUGGAGCUAUGUUAAGUGGAUUAAGAGAAGCUGGUCGCAUUGCUGAUCAAUUUCUUGGUUGUCCAUAUGCUGCACCACGUCAGCCACCUAUGCAACCUCAACCCAUAUAAAAAUUUAGAAAAAAAAAAGUUCAUUUUUUGAAGUUCUGUCUUCCAUGCUAACUUUAAUUUAAAAAAAUAUACAUAUUGCAUCUGUUUAUAUUUUUUGUCUUCUAUUGUUUUAAGGAUUACUGUUUUUCUUUUAUUUAGAUUUAGCACACGUUUAGAUGUUAUCUAUUAUUCUCUUAUAAUUAAUAUAUGUUUUUUUUUCUUCUUCGUGCUAUUGAUUUAAAAUUCCUUAUAUAUUUUAUUCAUAUGUACAUACUACAUUUUAUGCUUAUCUAUAAAAUAAAAUGAAAUUUUAUAAAAGAUAUUUAUUUAUUUUUGUGACCUACGUAUAACAGAAAUUUUUUUUCUUUAUUAUCUUAAAAUUUCAGGAUCAACAAAAUUGUUUAUUGAAGUUUGGACUAUCUAUUAAUUCAAAUAUAAUAUUUGACACUUUUUAAUUCUCAUUCAAACAGUCUUUUGGAAGGAUGUUUUAUUGAAAUAUAGCAGAUUCCUAGACAGCGUAAAUCUAUUUAACCAACAAUAUCCUACUUCCCUGCAAAAAAAAAGAAAAAAGAAUUCUACUUUUAAGUAAAAUUAUAUCAGGGCCGUGUGCAAUCACCAGUUUUAAACCUAGUCUCAUGGUACAGGGGCCAUACAGGCACCAUUUCUCGCUUGCAAGUGGUCACUUGAGGUGUCUCUCGUAUGUUCAGGGGCAAAAGACUUUUGGACUUUGCACUAAAUGUAGGACUGCUCCGGCUUCGCCCGAGCAUAUUCUAAACUGUAUCGAUUUUAAUAUCGACGAGGUUUUUUCAAAACCUCAUCUGUUUUUAGACUUUCUGGACAUUUUUGGACUUAUGGAAUUGGUCUAAUUGGAAUAGACCUCUUGGGGAUUAGAAAAAAAAAGAGCUUAAUCUGCCACUUUAAUAAAAUUUUAUUUCUUCGUUUGUACUUUAAAAAAUUUUGUUUAUUCCAAAACGAAUUUUCAAGAACAUUGUUCUUUUAUGAGAAAUUUAAUGUUAAGAAAGUACUUUUCAAAUUAUUCCUUGCUAAAAUUGAAAAUAAAGAGUUUUGUUAUAAAUUUAAAAUCUAAUUUUAUACUUAAAUGGUAACAAUAUUUAAAAGGUCUUAGUGAGAAAAAAGGGCAUGGUAAAAAUUCUCAAAAUUUGGGGAUUAAAAUCACCAUUUGGUGGCCAAUAUAUGUUUGGUGCUUUAGAUGUUUGUUAGUGACAGCCAGUAUUACUCUAGUUUUUAUCAGUUACUUAGUUUUUUUUCCUUCUAGAUUAUUGCUUAAUCACAAUAUUGCCUAUUGAUGGCUUCCAGUAAAAUGUUUAAAUAAAAAUUAGUCUGUUAUAUAGAUAGUGAUGAAGUUAUGUAGCACAUCUGAGUUGGACAGUCAAAAAUUUUGUGUGUGAUAGAUAAAUAAAGGUUGGGCACCUC